AUGGCAUUUUGAUGCCAAAACAGCUGUAAUCUACAGAAACUUCAGAGCUGUGACGAGACAACUCCAAAAGAUGUAUGGAGGAGGACGCAGGGAGGUCCCCUAAAAUAUUAAAAAAAACUACAACAGCUGGAAAUGAAUGCUGCAAUGUCAGGGGAAAGCACACUUGUGUUUUUCGGCAAGGGCCAGUAUCUUUAACGGCCCUUGCCCAUAGUCUGUGCGCCAUGUCAAGAAGCUUGACUAAACUAAAAGAAGCUGUCAAAGAUAGUUAUAAGACAGACAGACCAACAGUGGCUCUUCAGGGGGAAGAUGAAGGCAUCGUAAAUACGGACAUUUUGGAACGCUUCCCAUUGAAGGAUGAAGCUGAUUUCAAUGCAUUUGCCAAAGAAAUUGAGGAGGAAGAAUUUAGGAAGCAAGUGGAAACUGCUCUUACAUCGAUUUUGUUAAAAUGUAGUUGCUCCAGAGGCAUAACGAAGGUAUUAAGGUAUGUCCUGAGUGACACUGUAAUUAAUACCUUUUCCUGGCGGGGUCAAAAGCGGAGGACAGAAAAAAAGAAACCAUUUUGUGAAUCCAAACUCUCCUUGCUGAUUAUUGAAAUCACAAAGAAAAAAUGGCCUGCAAUUGAGCAGGCCAAGAUCGAAAAGACAAUCGCCUCUUGGCUAUCGCAGACUCAGGUCAAGCUGAGGAAGCACAGUGUCAUUAAAGACUAG